AUGUCUGCUGUUAUAGACAACGGUAGCGACAAAGACCAACCGGUCAAGGAUGUCGCCCAAGAAGUUACAGAGCAGUCAAAGCCCGUGUCUCGCUUCACACGCUGGUAUCGAAGUCCUUUGUUCAACGUCAUUAUCGUUGGAUUGAUUUCUUUCACUCAACCAGGAAUCUGGAAUGCUCUCAACAACACCGGUGCUGGAGGCCAGCAGGAGCCAUACCUCGUCAAUGGAGCCAACUCACUCACUUUCGGUAUCAUGGUCUUUGGAUGUUCAUUCUUCAGUAUCCUCGCCAACAAAAUCGGUCUGAAAUGGGUUCUCAUUAUCGGUACUCUCGGCUACGCGCCUUAUUCCGCUGCGCUUUACACAAACAACAGAUAUGGAGUGGAGUGGUUUGUUCUGCUGGGUGGUGCUACUUGCGGUAUCGGAGCUUCUGCUCUGUGGGCUUCUGAAGGUGCCAUCGCUCUGGGGUACGGUGAUAUCAAGGACCGUGGAAAAUUCACUGGAAUUUGGCUUGGUCUGCGAGAACUUGGUCAACUCAUUGGUUCUUCCAUCCAACUCUCCCUCAACGUCCACACCGGAAAGCGUGGUCGCGUUGGAUACACCACAUACCUUGUCCUCAUUGCCCUCCAAUGUCUUGGUCUUCCUCUCGCUUUUCUCAUCUCGCCUCCCCACAAGGUUAUUCGAUCCGACGGCUCCAAACUUCCCAAUACGAAGACAAACAAGAGCAUCGCAGAGCAAUUCCGGAAAUGGGGCGCUCUAAUCAAGCGCAAGCAGUUCUUCCUCCUCAUUCCCAUGCUGGUCGGAUUCAACUGGAACAGCACGUAUCUUGGAAUUUACCUCGUCAACUACUUUUCCGUUCGAUCUCGCGCUUUGGCCUCUUUGACGUCGGGUGUUGCUGCCACUGCUGCCAAUGUCUUUUGGGGAUGGUUCUUUGAUCUCAAGUAUUUCAGUCGACCUCAGCUUGCGCGCUUCACUUGGGUUUUCCUGGCUGUUACCAUGACUGCACUCUUUGGAUGGCAGUUUGCUAUGGAGAUGGAGUAUCGUAGCGCUAACCCCCCUGUGACUCUGGACUGGGCUCUUCCUGGAUUUGGACGCGGAUUCGCAGUUCAAGUUCUCCUUCGAUUCAUGAACGAAUCUCACUACAUGUUUGUGUACUGGAUUAUUGGAACCUUCUUCCAAGAUGUCGAGACCUUGACUCUAGCUGUCGGUCUUGUCCGAUCUUUUGAGUCUCUUGGCUCAUGCUUGGCCUUUGGAGUUGGUGCUGCUAAGGUACCGUCUCUUACCAACCUCAUUGUUGCUUUUGCCAUGUUCUGCAUCUCACUGCCUUCGACAUCGUUUGCCGUGUUUCUGGUGCCUGAGCGCCCAGCAGAGAAUGCGUUGGAUAAGCCGAAUGAGGAGGAGUAA